AUGGAUGAAACCCCUGGAGUUCGUGAUCUCAUCCAUCAGCUGUUGCUGGUGUUUGUCACGGAGCAGGCUGGCACUAGAUGGCUCCCAGUGUUUCAGGCUGAAGUGGAGGAAACCCUAAAGAGGAUUCAGGCCCACAAAGGGGUUAUUGCCACUAUGGUUAUAAACGCCGAAGGAAUACCAAUAAGAACAACUCUUGAUAACUCUACCACAGUCCAGUAUGCAGGUCUUCUUCAUCAGCUCACCAUGAAAGCUAGGAGCACAGUGAGAGAUAUUGAUCCUCAGAAUGAUCUAACCUUUCUUAGGAUCAGGUCAAAGAAACAUGAAAUUAUGAUAGCUCCAGAUAAGGAGUAUCUCCUGAUAGUUAUUCAGAACCCAUGCGAAUAG